AUGUAUGACCUAGAAACAUACCCAGGAAUUUCUGAAGUGGGAGGGGAUCUUCCAGAAGUUUCCUACUAUCAGCUGAAAUUGAGCAGGGUCAGCAUGGAACAAGCAGAGGGAGACCGAAUGUGGCAUUUUGCCAUGUCUGUGUUCCUUAUAGAAUUCUAUGGGCACAAUCUUUUCCUAACAAUGAUAUUUGGCUUAGUGGUGGCUGGGUCUGUAUUAAUAUUUGGAGUUUUAAUUGAUGAUUGGAUUGACAGGAAACCAAGAAACAAAGUUGUGCAUGCCUCUCUCUUCACUCAGAAUGCCUCUGUCACCACCUGCUGCGUUGUCCUGAUGCUUAUGUUCUCCUACAAAAGGGAAAUGGAGCACAUCUGGCAUGGCUGGCUCACUGUGAUUUGCUAUGCAGUCGUGAUUACGCUGGCGGCCUUAGCGAACUUGGCCAGCACAGCAUUGACCAUCGCCAUUCAGAAGGACUGGAUUGUUAGCCUCACGGGCAACAACAGAGGCCAGCUGGCUAGGAUGAAUGCAGCAGUCCGGCGGCUGGACCAGAUCAUUAAUAUAUUUGCUCCCCUGUCUGUGGGCCAGGUGAUGGCAUGGGCAUCUCAUGUGAUUGGUUGUGGUUUCAUUCUUGGAUGGAAUUUGGUUUCACUUCUUGUAGAGUUUCUGUUUCUGUCCAGGGUUUAUCAACUAGUUCCCCAAUUGGCUGUAAAGCCCCAGCAACAAACAGGGGGGACACUUCCUAGAAAGGCAACAGGAGGCUAUGAACACUCCAGGUAAUGUAAACUCAAGGACAGCUUUGUUUGUUUUUAUUUUCUUUGCCCUUCUUUAUGCCAUUGUUUUAGUUCUUCUUUCCAGAGUUUGUGUCUUUUAUUUUUUUUCCUGUCCCUCCACCCUUGAAACUGAACUCUACCCUCAGCUUCCACCCAGAGAUUUUUUUGCUAGGUGCCAUACUCCAAACUCAGUCAGAUUCUGCUUUGAGUUUCCCUUUCUGUUCUUCUCUCUCAAUUUCUGUUUAUGAGUGGGAUCAUCCCAUACUCGUCUUUGUCUUUCUGACUUAGCUCAUUUAACAUAAUUCCUUCUAGUUCCACCCAGGAUGGGCCAGAAAAGGUGGGUUCAUUGUUCUUAAUAGCUGUGUAGCAUUCCAUUGUGUAAACAUACCAUUCAUCUGUUGUUGGACAUAUGGUUUGCUUCCAGGUUUUAGCUAUUACGAAUUGUGCUGCUAUGAACAUAAGUGUACACAUAUCUUUUUGGUUGGGUGUUAUGGAGUCCUUAGGAUAUAUCUUUAGGAGAGAAAUUACUGGGUCAUAUGGCCUAUUUCUAGCCUUGUGAGAGUUCUCCAGACUGCUCUCCACAGAGGUGGGACCAAUUUACAUUCCCAC